CCCAAAUCGGCUGGCAGUGGAAUCCUCGCAAUGCAGGUAUUCAUAUUAUAUUUCCAUAAAUGUCCUGCACAUAGUGCACCUCAUGUCAUAUUUUGGCUCAAACCCAGUUGGUGAAGACUCACCCAGUUUCUUGAGUUCCUGAUAGUCCACUCCGAUUGCUUACCUUCAUUGAUGUCACGGCCACAAGCAGGCAGCAGCAGCAGCAGCAGCAGGAGCUGCAGCUUCAGCUGCAUCUUUGUGUACAUACAGUGCUUGGCGAUUGCUCUUCUUGGCGCAUACCCAUUUGUGGUUGUAAUUACUCGGAAGAUGGACAAUUCUGAUUUUGUCCCUUGCUCUGAUGAGGCAGCAUGCACCUUCAUCCGGUACUUUGGGGUUGCCGAUCUACCUGCAACGACGGGUUGGACCAUCGAGCAGAGUCAUGGCACCAUCAAGCAGCAGAUUCAUUGGAGCUCUUGGCUGCCACACUGGCUGCCACAUUACGUGGCCAUUCGGAACGGAGGCAAGGUUCAAGCCGUUCCCCCCUCGAUUUCGCCCUCUACUAUUGCCCCCUUUGCCUACUCGUGUAUUCCUGCUGUACUGAGUGCUGCUGUGACAAAGAAGGAGGCAUUUCCGAGUUCAGGGAGUGUCACGCAAGACUUUUGUCAGGGCAAGCCCGCGCGGAUUCACAAUCACUUGGCAGAGGGUUGUUCGCGCUGGGUUUACCUUACAGGUGUCAUCAUGUGGUGUCUCCUCAAAACUCUGCACGACUGGGCUUUGUUGUCAGCAACCAUGCAUGAAAGACUUACCCUCAAGAUAGGAAUAGCGUCCUGGUGCUUCCAGGCUAUAGCAUGCUGCGCUGGAAUUGUUUGGGCUGCAGGUGCAGUUGGAGUUUUUGUUUCCAAGAGCUCUGAGGGUACUUGCUACUACAUGUUGGAUGCAGUGAAUGUUCUUGUGAUUAUGCUGCCGCCAUUCCUCCUCCUUCUAGUGACUCACAGCAAGCUUGGAAACCUUAUGCUGUCAAUCGUGCAUGGCGACUAUUUGUACGCUAUCACAUACGACGUUCCGUUCAGAGUGGUGAAGAGUACCAUGCCCGGACACCCGUCCGGGUCUCUGCUGACGGUUGGUUUGCACGGUGACAGAGACCAACCAGUAGCUGACCCACCGCAACUGCAUUUUGGUGAGAUGCUGAGCUUGUCCCAACUCUUACGGGGGCAUUUGACACAACUCUGGGUAUUGUCACUGAUGGUCAUCGUGGGCCCAAUUACAAUGGGUCCAUUGUUUCGCAGGCUUUUGCAAUUGUCACUGGAGUUGGAAUGGUCUGUGGGCUUGAUGGGUUUGGUGAAGCUAGCCACCUUCACCCUAGCUCUAUCUCCCCUUGGCAUAGUGCCUGUGGUCGUCAAAAAUAAGUACCCGUAUGUGGCCAGACUGGUGGAGCAGGGUGAAAGACCGCAAUGCUAUCUAAAGCUGGCACUAAUACUUUUUAGCGACGCCUCUCUUUUCUGCGUUGCUCUUUGUUGUUCAACACUCCGUAUUUGGCCCGUUCUUUGGGGCAAGGUGCUUGGCCCACUGGAUUAUCUUGAGGAGAGCUGGAUAUGGUCAUUUCACGGAAUGGGAAUCUUUUACCUUGGUUACACGCUGGCAUUCCGAAUGCAGCCGCCUUUCUUCAACAUGCUGAGAAUCCGAGACUUUGAGUGGGGGGCUGAUGUGGCUGACCUUCAAGAGGAGCUCGAAAUGUGUGAGAAGUAUCCACAGUGGCAGCUCCAGGCCCACAAAUUCUUGUUGCAGAGUACAACCUACCUUGAUGAAAGAAAAGAAUUGAGAGCCCGGCUUGUAGAGAUGGACCCAGAGUUGUCUCAUGUUGAGUGUGUCAAUAAGCUGUUGGUGCAGCACGGACACUUGUAAUGGUCACAAGACAUCCGUGGAGCACUGGCGUGCAAGAAGAGAGGUGCCGAAG